CUUUUUUUCUUUCUUUUUUCUUUUUUUUUUUUAGUAAAGAAACGAGUAGUUAAGUUAUUUUGGCAGACCCGUUAAGAUGCCCUAAAACCCACAAACACAAACACGCCUCCUGCUUAUCUAUCACCCAGUCACAAAACCCUAACAAAACCCACCGGCUGCUGCUGCUUAUCAUCCAUCAUCAAUGGCGCUCAAGAACCAAAAGGACAGCCAAUCAAACAAGAGAAAGACAGUUACAGGCGCAACCAAAGGCGGCGAUAAGAAGAAACUCAAAACCUCAUCAUCAAACGACCAACAAAACAAGCCUUUUAAGAAAAAGUUCGACUCCGGUAAACCCAAAUUCGAUAAACCAGAUGCAUCCAAUAAUGUGCCCAAAACGAAGCGUGAACUUCGUAUACAAGCCAAGGAACUUGCUGAAGCUAGGAAGAAAAAGAGGAAGCCGCAUUACACGCUUGAGCAAGAGCUUGCUUCACUAUGGGAAAAGAUGAGACGCCGUAAUAUUGCUAAGGAAGAUAGGUCCAAGUUGGUGAGUGAGGCUUUAACGAAGAUGAAGGGUAAAAUUCCCGAAAUUGCAGGCUCUCAUGUUUCUUGUCGUGUACUACAGACAUGCGCUAAAUAUUGUACGCCAGAUGAAAGGAAUGCUGUUUAUGAGGAGCUUAAGCCACACUUUCUUACCCUUGCUUGCAACACUUAUGCAGUGCAUCUCAUUACAAAGCUGUUGGAUAAUGCCACAAAGGAACAACUGGCAAGUUUUAUUUCUUCGCUUCGUGGGCAUGUUGCUUCUCUUUUACGACAUAUGGUUGGUUCAGUUGUUGUUGAACAUGCUUAUCAACUGGGAAAUGCCUCUCAAAAACAAUCUCUUCUUAUGGAAUUAUACUCUACCGAGCUUCAGUUAUUCAAGGAUCUAGCUUUAGUGAAAGAAAAGAGGUUAGUGGAUAUAAUUUCGAAGCUGAAUUUGCAAAAAUCAGCAGUAGUGAGACAUAUGUCUGCUGUGGUUCAACCAAUUAUGGAGAAAGGGAUAGUGGAUCACUCUAUUUUACACAAGGUGCUUGUGGAGUACUUCACGAUUGCCGACAAGUCUUCUGCUGCAGAAGUUAUUCAACAUUUGUCAAGCGCACUUCUUGUGCGGAUGAUUCACACAAAAGAUGGAUCCAAGAUUGGGAUUCUUUGCAUCAAGCAUGGCAGUGCACAGGAACGAAAGAAAAUUAUAAAAGGAAUGAAGGGUCAUGUCAGUAAGAUAGCUUUAGAUAGAUUUGGUAGUAUGGUGCUCACGUGUAUCCUCUCUGUUGUUGAUGACACACAGUUAGUUAAAAAGAUCAUCAUUCGCGAACUACAACCAGUACUAAAGGAACUAAUUUUUGAUAAGAAUGCAAGACGCCCUUUAUUACAACUUCUUCAUCCAAAUUGUUCACGUUAUCUCAGUCCAGAUGAUUUGUCUUUAUUAGAUUCGUCAAUACCUUCUUUACUAACAAAGGGUGGCUCAGAACCAGAAUCGGAGACCAAAUCGUCAGAGGCCAAGGAUGAUGAUGUGGACAUGAGUGAUGCAGAAGAGAAUGUAAAAUCAGUAGCCGGUGGGAAAAAAGAUCCCACUCUAAGAAGAAAAGAGCUGUUGGUUGAUAGUGGACUUGCUGAGAGUCUCAUUGAUGCAUGCUGUGAGAGUUCUGAGGAGUUACUAAAAUCAAAUCAUGGAAAAGAGGUCUUGUUUGAGGUUGCGACAGGGGGUGCAGAUAAGCUUCUCCACCCACAUUUGGACGAAAAGUUGGAUUCUUUACAUGAAUCUAUAGCAUCUGAGGUAUCAGCUCCUAAAUCCGAAGGGCAAGAACAUCUUCUAGAGAACUUCCAUUCAAGCCGGACAAUAAGAAAACUUAUACUCGAUUGCCCUUCUUUCGCUUCCACUUUGUGGGAAAAUACUUUUAAAGGGAAUUGCAAGACGUGGGCCCAAGGUCACAGUGCGAAAGUUGUUAGCGCAUACAUGGAAACCUCGGAUCCUAAGGUGCUUAAACUGGCAAAGAAAGAGUUGAAGCCGUUAUUAGAUCAAGGUUUACUUAAAUUACCCGACAAGAGUCAACCAAAGAAAGAAGAGUAAACAACCGAGCGUGAUGAGCCCAGAAUUUAGUUGGGGUUAAGUAUUUUGAUCUGAAAUGCGUGCAAUUGUGCAUUACCGAACGAGUAGAACACAUUAGAACGUUGCGGCUUAAAUUAGUAAUCAUUGUGUUUUUUUGCUACAAUUUGCAAGUCAAAUUUUGUGUCUUAUAUGCUAACUUAUUCGGGAUAAGCAUUAUAGUCUUUUCGUUGGUUCUUUUUAGUGGCAAAA